CUGGCAGCGCUUCUCCAUAUGUAUGAAGUCAUUCAGAACAGUACUACUCCCCGAUAUCAUGUGCGGAUGACUUUCUACAACCAAGCAAUACCUUCCCCCGUACGAGUAGUUCUUUGAAUCUCCGCUAAGGCUGAGCCUAGCUUUUGUCAUCUAUCAAGCUUCAUUAUCCUGUUCUCUGACCAUGCACAUGAGAAAACACGAAUUUCAAGUCGCUCUGCUUACAGAUAUGCUAACCUUACUCUGUCUUCAGGGAUCUGCCAACUCGACCAGCCAACCGAUACCCAUUCUUCCCCCGCCUCCUGCUCCGAUGAGUCAAGGGCCGUCCCGCGCAAGGCGGCAAUUAGCCGCUCGGCUUGCGGCUCAGAAGCAGCAGGCUAAUGACGGCUCGGAAGGGGCCGAAGACAGGAACCUGGGGAGCGAACAUGAGACCUCUGAGUCACAGUGGCCGACCAAUCCCUUUGUGAUUGCAGGUCUCGAUGAAGACACUGAAGGCAACCACUCCCCAGCAGAUGCCGCUUUCCCAUCCAACGAUUUCCCUCCGACGGGUGACAAAGACGAGCCCUUUUCCUCGCCCACCUUCCCGGAGUCUGGCUUUAGCCCUCCCGACUCGUUCUCCACUGGUUCCUCCGAUGAUGACGGAGAAGGUCGAACUGAGGGCAUGCGGCGCAAGGAACGGGUUCCACUGGAAGUGGAGGACGACGACGACGACAUGGGAGAGAUGGUGGGGCCGUCUGCUGACCCUCGAAUGAUGGACUCGGACGAAGAAGAUGAGGCCAUCAUGAAUGAAUCGCUCGGCUAUCCCGACUUAGGACCGGGGCGCUACAUGGACUUUGCUCGAUCACGCAUGGGGGCCUCUCCAUUCGGCGAGGAUAACGACAACGACAGCAGCGACGGUGAGGAUGACGGGCUAGUCGAGAUUCUAGUGCCGGGCAGGAAGUCUUCAACAUCUUCUAUGCACUGAUCAUUGAUCUUUGUUUGCUCUUUUGAUAUCCUAUGCAUCUUCACUUUCUAUCUUUCGCGGAUUCCCUUUUCCUUUUAUUGUGGAUCUUAGGUUACUACGUCUUGGGUGGUGCUUUGAUAAUGCUUGCCUUGAUGGGAUUGGUAAAGGUUCCAUCUUAUGUACACUAGUUGACUGCAUGGUAUUCG